AUGGUUCUCGCAGACCCAGCGAACACUGCAGAUUUGUCUGACGGGGCUGCUAGGGACCGACUACCAUCGGACCAUGCUAGAGAGGCUGCCGCGAAUGGUGGUGCUGACGUGGCAGGAGUUGACAGGGCUAGCCGCAUUCUUUUGCUGAGGGAUUGGGCGGAUCUAGUCGACGCUAUCCACUCGCACAAGAGUCUGCUGCACUCCUACAAUAUAGACAUCGACAGAGAAGCUGAGCUCAAAGAUAGGCUCCGUGAUACAGCUAGAAGGCCUCAAAGCGAACGGCAGAAUCUCAACAGCUACGGGCAAGGAGCAACUAACUGGAACACUCCUCCGCCUCUCUCCCCUCUGCUGCAGCAACCAUGCUCCCAUGGCAUGCCUCUGGUGCAGUGCCCCUCGCUACAAGCACACAUCCAGGAGCGCAAGAACGAGCUGCUAGACGUGUCCAACGACCUGCUGGACAACGCUGGAGACAUGAGCCCCCGGCGGGCAGAAGAGCUCCGACUGCGCAGAAAGUCGCUACAGCAAGAGAUCCAAACCCUGCAGCAGCACUCACAGCAAGGCGCAACGACCUCCCCUCACCUCUCCUCUCCAUCACCUGCCAUGCACACAUCAUCACCACACUUCAACCACUCCUCACCACCCUCCACCCAUCCCUACCGUCCUGCCACCCCAUCCUUCACCACACCUGGCUCUCGGCCCAUGCCGUCAUCCAAUGGCUGGAGCACACCUCCCAGAAGCACCUGGUCCUCUCCUCCUCCUUCCCGCCCCACUCCUCCCUCCUCCACUCUGGGUGCUAAACAAGCAACAGGCAUGGGCCCAGCAGCAGGUGUGGGAUCAGCGGCAGGCAACGCAGGGUCGUUUGCAGCAGCAGGCAUGUAUGGGUCAGGUGGAAUGAGCGCUGCUGCAGGAGGCACAAACGGAGGCUAUGCAGCUGUGAAUGGAGCGAUGAGCAAUGGCGGAGGAGGGCUCUCGUUUUCCAACGGAGGAGGAUACGGAGCAGUGAACGGGGGAGGGUAUGGGGGAGUAGGAGCAGGGCACGCAGGAGGAGGGGGAGGAGGAGGAGGAGGGAGAGGAGGAGGAGGAGGAGGAGGGUUUACAUCUCCCCCGGGGGGAGGAGGAGGGGACGAGAAUGGUGGGGCAGCGAGGAGGGGGGAGGUGGUGCCGGUGUGUCUGUCGGAGGUGCGGUUCAGUGAGGGGUCGGCGGACAAGCUGUGGGCUCGCAAGGACUUUGCAUGGACGCGAGAGCUGGAGGAGCACAACUGGAAGCUGUUUGGCAACCGGUCUUUCCGGGCGAAUCAGAGGGAGGUGAUGAAUGCUACCAUGAGUGGUAGAGACGUGUUUGUGCUCAUGCCCACGGGCGGGGGCAAGAGCCUCACAUACCAGCUCCCAGCAGUGUGCUCGCCUGGAGUCACGCUGGUGGUGUCGCCGCUCAUCUCCCUCAUCUGCGACCAGAUCAUGCACCUCGAACAGUACAACAUCCCUGCGGCCUGUCUGAGUGCGAGCCAGGAGUGGCCGGAGCAGCAGCGCAUCCUGCAGGAGCUCUGCUCGCCGUGCUGCCAGAUCAAGCUGCUCUACGUCACCCCGGAGAAGAUCGCCAGGAGUGACAACCUGUUUCGGCACCUCGAGGGGCUGUACCGGCGGGACCUGCUGGUGCGCAUGGUGGUGGACGAGGCACACUGUGUGAGCCAGUGGGGGCACGACUUCCGCCCCGACUACCAGGGCCUGGGUGUGCUAAAGAGCAAAUUCCCGUCAGUACCGCUGAUGGCGCUGACAGCCACGGCCACCCAUGCAGUGCAGGCUGACGUGGUCAGUGCUCUCUGCCUCAAGCAGUGUGUUGUCUUCAAACAGACCUUCAACCGCCCCAACCUCAGGUACGAGGUGAGGGCGAAGGGGCGGCGGUGCAUGGAUGACAUAGACUCGUUCAUCCGCAGCAGCGGGUUCUUCAGAGAGUCGGGCAUUGUGUACUGCCUCUCAAGGAAUGACUGCGAGAAGACUGCCGAGCAGCUCACCAAGUUGGGCCACAGGGCGGGGUUCUACCAUGCCAACAUGGCAGCAGGCGAGCGGGCAGACGUGCAGAGGAGGUGGAGCAAGGACGAGAUCAACGUCAUCUGUGCCACUGUCGCAUUCGGCAUGGGCAUCAACAAGCCUGAUGUUCGUUUUGUCAUCCACCACUCUCUCCCCAAGAGCAUCGAAGGAUACCACCAGGGAGAGGUAUUAUUUGGGGCGUCAUUCCCCGUCGUCCCCCUCCCCUCUCCCCCCUCCUCUCUUCGCCUUUCACUCCAGGCUCGGGUGAAGCACAUGCUGCUGCAGGGAGCAGCAGAGGCUGCAGGUGGGAGGGGCGGAGGGGCAGGCGGCAGAGGGGGCAUGGGGCCACAGCAGCAGCUGGAAACGAAUCUGGAUAAUUUGCACCGCAUGGUGGCAUACUGUGAGAACGAUGUGGACUGUAGGCGCACGGUGCAGCUGUCUCAUUUCGGCGAGCGCUUUGACCCCGCACACUGCCGCCGCUCCUGCGACAACUGCUGCCGCGACGUUGCCUCCGCUCCCCGAGACAUCACGCGCCUGGCCCUGCGCAUUAUUUCCCUCAUUCGUGAGACGGGGGAGCGCCACACCCAGCAGUACAUUCUCGACCUCCUGCGUGGCUCUGCCAGCGCUCAGCUCUGGCGCAGUCUUCUGAAGCGCCUUCUCCAAGUCCCCUCCCCAUCCCUCCACCCCACCGCCCUUCACUUCAUGACCCAGGUGAAGCGCAAUGGGCACACAGCUCUGGCGCAGCGAAUGGCGAAGGAGAACAAGGCGGGUGGUGGGGACGGGGAGGGUGGGAAAGACACAGCCUGUAACAUCCCCUUCAUCCCCCUCCCGUCACGCCAGGUGAAGCGCAAUGGGCACACGGCUCUGGCGCAGCGGAUGGCAGAGGAGAACAAAGCGGGUGGUGGGGAUGAGGAGGGCGGGGCGGCAGGGGGGUGGAGUAGGCGGGACAUGGAGCGAGUGGUGCGGCAUCUGGUGUGUGUGGAGGUGGUGAGGGAAGACAUUAACAAGAGCGAGGCAUAUGGGUCCAUCUCCUCGCUGCUGCGAGACAAGGGACCCGUGGGCCAGAAUAGGGUGGAGCUGGCGGGACAUGGAGCAGGUGGUGUGACACCUGGUGUGUGUGGAGGUGGUGAGGGAAGACAUCAACAAGAGCGAGGUGUAUGGGCCCAUCUCGUCUCUUCUGCAGGCGAGUGUUGGUGCCGCACUGCCAGCCAAGCAUGUGUGUCGCUGCUGGGUCGGGAUGAAGAGCCUUCAAAUGGCACGCGUGGUUGGCUAAGGGGGGCUAUGGAGUGCGUGGUUGCAUUGCCAUUCUCGCUCAUUCCCGUCCCCGCUGCUGCUGUCUGCAGAUCGUCCGGUGCUGGUAACAGGGGGUUCUCUUCUGGGGUUGGUGGUGGAGUUGACGGGAUGGGAGGAGCCCCAGGAGCAGGGGGAGCAGGGGGAGCAGGGGGAGCAGCAGGGGCAGGGAAGGGGUCGAUGCCUUUCCAACAGAUGGCUGCUGCGGCUGCUGCUGCUGUUGAUUCUGCUGCUCCCUUCUCGCCGCCCAAACAGGCGGCUGAUGUGGUGCUGUCAGGAGCGGUGUACAAGGCGCUGCACGCAUUGAGGCAGACGUUGGUGCAGGAGUCGGGCAAGAACCUCGCACCCUACCACAUAUUCGGCAACGCCCAGCUGGUGCUCAUCAGUCAGCGCCUGCCCCGCACUCUAGAUGCGCUCCAGGACAUUCCCGGCAUUGGCAGGUGGGCGACUCGGAGCUGGGUAUUCAUGUCCAUCAUGCUCCCUCCUUUCUCUUUUACCAUUUUCUUAAUGCUUCCCUCUGCACCCCCUGCUCCCACCUCUCCCCCCUCUCCCCCCGUUCCCUCCUCUCCCCCCUCUCCCCCCGUUCCCUCCUCUCCCCCCUCUCCCCCCGUUCCCUCCUCUCCCCCCUCUCCCCCCGUUCCCUCCUCUCCCCCCUCUCCCCCGUUCCCUCCCUCCCUCCCCCCUCCUCCCCCCUCUCCCCCCGUUCCCUCCUCUCCCCCCUCUCCCCCCGUUCCCUCCUCUCCCCCCUCUCCCCCCGUUCCCUCCUCUCCCCCCUCUCCCCCCGUUCCCCCUCUCUCCCCCCUCUCCCCCCGUUCCCUCCUCUCCCCCGUCUCUCAUGUCAGAGUGAAGGUCAACAAGUACGGUGCCCGUGUGCUGGAGACUAUUGAGAGGCUUAUUGAAGAACACAAUAAAGGGUAUACCGGAGAAGCCAGCAACGACCACAGCAGCAAGCCUCCUGGAUUAUCUCCUGGCCAACCAAGUGCUAUGCAGAAUGCACCUGUCAACUCCUCCGCGGCUUUUCCACCCUCUGCUGAUGGGAAUUCUGUACCAACGGCGUCGGGAAACCCACAGUUUCUCUCCUCCGACUCGGCUACACUCAAAAGGAGCCUUAGGAGUGAAGCUUCUGGCAAUUUGGUGGCCCCUGGUGCUGAUGGUGAGGGGAAAAUGGCUGCUGGCGUUGGUGCUGUCGACGGGGGGUAUGCAGGAGGGCAUGUUAAAGUUGGCUUGCUGGGGCGAAGUGCCAAGAGGGCUCGAGCGAGUGAUGAAAACGGAGGUGAUUGUAUCGAGGUGGUUAAUGUGGAGGAUGUUGGAGGGGUUGGGGAGGAAUGGCGAAGUGGUCGAGAGGUGUUUGGGGAUGGAGAGGGGAGGGCUAAGGGUGUUGGCAAUGGAGUUGCAAUGAAUGGGGCGACGAUUGAGGUUGGUGACCAGGCAGGAUCUGAUUCGUUGUUUUCCGAGUAUCCCUCGUCCCUUUCUCCCCUCAUUCCCGUCUCUCCUCAUUCCCGUCUCCCCCCAUGCCAGCUGGACGCCACGUGGCACAACCUCACUGACGCCCUGGCAGGUCUCUUCUGCGCCUCGCUCAACUUCCUGCAAUCCCCCUCCUCCGUCGUCUCCCCCGCUCUUCACUUCCAGUCCCCAUUCCCUCUCCCCGAAAACCACACUCACUCACCAUUCCAGCCCCCACCCUCCUCCUUUUCAUCGCCGAACCAACCGCCGAGGCAGCAUGUGAGGUACGGCAGCAUGGCUCGGGAGCCGGUGUGCACGGAGAACCUGACGCCGUGGCUGAAGCUGCUGCCGUGCCGCGACGCAGCAGGCCUCUCGUCCCUCAUGGACCGCGGGGCCGUGUUUGGCGGCCGCUACCACUCCCUGCACACUGCCCUGUGGACCAACGUGUGCGACGAGGGCAGCGUGGGUGACGAGGAGAGUGUGGGAGAGGAGGGGAGUGUGGGAGAGGGGAGUGUGGGAGAGGGGAGUGUGGGAGAGGGGAGUGUGGGAGAGGAGGGGAGUGUGGGAGAGGUGGUGCUGCACCAGUCGCUCACAGUCGUACUCGACGCCUCCACAGAGAACGCCCUUGCUGCCGCUGCCGCCGCAGCUGCCACCAAUCCCGUCCCAUACGCUCCUUCGAGCCCAGCAGGUGCAGUGGCACAAGAGGUGCUUGAUCUGAGCGAUGUGCUUCCACUGCCGCCCGAUUGGAGUGUGGGUGCGCUGUUUGGGCGGCAGCUGACUGCACAAGGCAUGGGGGGAAUGGGGGGCGUGCAGCAAGUGGAAGCGGUGCUGCUGCAUCGUGACAUGCGACAACAACGUCAAGUGCACGCCUCUACCUCUCUUCAUUUUACCUCCGUUCAAGGCUCUAGCUCUGCCUCUAGCGCUGCUGCUACUGCAGAAGCUGCUGGCAAUGGUGCUGAUUUAGCGUUGCAAGUAGGUGACGUGGCAGCAGUCAGCUCGGCAGGCGUUCACUGGAAGCGGCGUGUGUCAUGGCAGCGGCGGCCAGCGUUGUUCGUCCUUUCUCGGUUCACCACAGGCACUGGAGAUGCUCUGGGGGGCCUGACCUUCCUGAUACAGAGAGCAGGGGGUGAUGCGAAAGAUUGGGGUGUAAAGAAGGAAAAUGAAUCUUCCAACACAGAGAGACUCUGCAGGGAGUGUAGAAGCGACACAGUGAGCGACACAGGGAGCGACACAGUGAGUGUGUUCCAGGCGGUGCCCUGGUGGCUGAAGCUCUACCUGCACACACUCUCUCUCUCCUUCGACCAUAGCCCUGUCAGCCUGAGGGACAGCAGCGCCGUUGUAUCGGCGCGGCUACAGCCGACGAGGGAGAGAGGCCCGCCUGCUGUGCUGGAGCUGCUGCUGCGCGUGCCCAGGGGAGUGUCUCGCGUUACAAUCACACUGCAGUACAGAAAGGCCUUUCUGACUGUCUUUGAAACGCCGCCUGAUGCCAGCAGAGGAGUUGACCUUCCCGCUGCCCUCCUCACUGUGCCCUCGGACCCACAGGGUCCAAGCCACAUGUAUGCGCCACCAGUGGUGGUGCCGGUGCCGCUGCCAGACCUGAGCAUGCCAUACAAUGUCAUCACGCUCACCUGCACGCUGCUCGCCAUCGUGCUGGGGUCACUCUUCAACACUCUGCGCUAUCGCCCCUCCGCUGCUGGUACGUCGAAUGGAGCGGACACAAAUGGCUCACCGAGCACCGAUAAGGCUCCUCUUGCAAAAUCCCUGGUGGAUCGUUUGAAAGAUAAUCGGAAGAAAAUUGCGCUUGUGGUGUUGGCUUUGGUUGCAGCUGAGGCGCGCGGACCAAGGGGGGAGCCGCCCUUAUGGGCGCGGAGACGGGGGGGAGGGGGGGGAAGCGCGGAACCUGCGCAUGCGGGUGCGGAGGGGGCAGCGGAAAGGGGAGGGGAGGGGUGUGCGGAGGGGCCGCUCCCGCCAUGGGUGAGGGGUGCUGACGUGGACAACCUGCCACUGACACGUGUCGCACAGAGAGACAUCUGGGAGAGCCAGCGAAUAGGAGCGUCGUGUGAGGGGCGGCGCCUGCUGCUGGCCCGCUGGUGGCCGGCGGAACACCACGGCCUGGGGUCUCAGGUGCAUCUGGCGGGGGCGUAUCUGAGCAUAGCCAUGGCGCACAAUCGCACCUUGGUGCCGUGGCCGGAGCAGUUCGACCGCGCCUUCCUCCCCACGUGCCAAG